AUGGAUGUCGCUCGAUACUCUAUUGGAUGGAUAGCCCCGUUACCGUUGGAGCUGAUAGCUGCGAAAGCUGUUUUAGAUGAAGAUUAUGGCGACAUCCACGUCGACGGUUACAUCUAUCAUGGAGGAAAAAUAGGACAGCACAACAUAGUGAUGGCUGUACAACCAAAAAUGGGCAACGAUGCAGCUUCGGACCUUGCUGCCAGGAUGCGUGCUGCCUUCAGGAAUAUUGAGUAUUUCAUGGUUGUUGGGAUAGGAGGUGGAGUCCCCAGCUAUGGUCCCUCUGGUGCGCCGUCUGAGAUCGUACUCGGAGAUGUAGUGGUCAGCUAUCCGAGAGGUAAUUACGGCGGCGUCGUUCGGUUCGAUUUUGGAGCGUGGACUGACAAAGGUCAGCUUAAAAUGAGUGGGCAUACAAACAGUCCACCCGACUCUCUCCUUGCUGCCGUUACCAAUCUUCAGACUAGGCACUCUACGGGAUCUGGAACGAGGAUACCGGCCUUCUUGCGGGAGAUGCGGUUGAAAAUACAUGUCCUUGAGCGACAAAAAUUCAAAGACCCAGGUGCUGAACAGGACAGACUAUUCCGGAAGGAUUGCUUUCAUCCUAAAGAGUCCCUGAAUCAAGAUUGUGAGAAUUGCUGCGACUUAAGUCGAUCCGAGAUGCGCCAUUGUCGAGGAAUCGAAGCUGUCAGACAGGUGGACACUCCAAAGAUUCACUACGGCAACAUAGGCUCAAGCAAUCAGCUCCAGAUCUCAGCACACAAAAGGGACCGACUUCACAAGGAACUUGGAGUGAUCUGUUUUGAAAUGGAGGGUGCUGGUGUUAUCCACAAACACCCUUGUCUGGUGAUUCGUGGAAUCUGUGACUAUUCAGACUCUCAUAAGAGCAAACAGUGGCAACCUUAUGCUGCGGCAACGGCAGCUGCAUACACGAAGGAACUCCUGGAGACCAUGCCUGCAAGCAACUACAAAGACAAAGACAACGACAAAGAUAACGACAAAGACAAUCAAUGCUUGAAAGACUGGCGAUCAACUGAUCCUCGCGAUGACAAGAUCAGGAUUGAGCUGAGCAAAGACGAUCUUCUGAAAGAGUCAUACACGUGGAUUCUUGAAGAUCCAGCUUUUAUAGGCUGGCGCGAUAAUGAUGAUACACAGCUACUUUGGAUUAAAGGUGAUCCAGGCAAAGGCAAGACCAUGUUGAUGAUCGGCAUCAUUAAUGAGCUAUCAAAACAAUUAGAGUCGACCCCUGGGUCGGGCGUACUGUCUUACUUCUUCUGUCAGGCGACCGAACCUAAACUGAAUAACGCAGUUUCUGUUAUUAGGGCCCUGAUCUACCUGCUAGUUGAUCAGCAAAGGGCUCUUAUCCGGCAUCUGAGAAAGAGGUACGACACUUCAGGAAAAUCAUUGUUCGAAGGUCCCAAUGCAUUCGCUGCUUUAUCGGCCAUCCUCUCAGAUAUGUUACAUGAUCCCAGUCUUGCACGAGUGUACCUGAUGGUAGAUGCUCUCGAUGAAUGCAGUUCCGAGUUAUGUCUACUCUUGCGACUCAUCGCCCGCAAUACUUCCGAAGCAUGUAAGGUCAAGUGGCUUGUGUCAAGCCGUAACAGGCCUGAUAUUGAGAAGCUGCUGAGAUCCGCGGGAUCCCGCGCUAAAAUCAGCCUUGAAUUGAACUCGAGCCAUAUCUCACGCGCCGUCAAUGCAUUCAUCGACUUUAAGGUCUCGAAGUUAACGGAGAUGAACAGAUACAAGGCUGAGGUGCAGACAACAAUCAGAAAUUAUCUGUAUGAAAAGGCGGAUGGCACCUUUCUCUGGGUGGCUUUGGUCUGCAAAGCUCUCCACGGUGUACGGGUUGGAAAGGCACUAUCUGCCCUCGAAAAAUUUCCUGCUGGCUUACAGCCACUCUAUGAGCGAAUGAUGGAGCAAAUCCGCUGCAUUGAAGAUAGCGAUGACGUUGAAUCCUGCAUACGUAUUCUUUCCUCGGCUACACUGGCAUAUCGCCCCAUCCAUCUCAAAGAGCUGGUUGCCAUUGCUGGCCUUCAAGAAGACCCUGACGAUGUACAGUCAUUGAAUGAGUUGGUGGAUUUAUGUGGUUCGUUCCUCACAAUCCGUGAAGACACUGUCUAUUUCAUACACCAGUCAGCAAAAGAUUACUUUAGCACCGGCAAGGGUGCCCAGAUUUUCCCUUCGGGCCAAGUAGAGGAGCAUCGAGAAAUGGCGCUGCGAGCUUUACAAGUCAUGAAUGAUGCAUUGAAAAGAGACAUAUGCAAGCUUCGGGUGCCCGGGGCUCUCUUGGACGAGGUGCGUGAUAUUAACCGGGACUGUCUGGCCUAUCUCCGGUAUGCCUGCUGCUACUGGGUCAGCCAUCUGCGUGAUGCUGGCCAUCUUCUACAUGAAAAGCUCGACCUGUAUGACGAUGGAACAAUCCAUGUGUUUCUGAGGAAGCACUUUCUUCACUGGCUUGAAGCUCUUGGCUUGCUAGGGAAUAUUUCUGACGGGGUCGCCAUGAUCAGAACUCUGGAAGAAUUCCUGAUACGUAAAUCGGAUAAGGCCGAACUUUUGCUUGCUAUGAUCCAAGAUGCGAAGCGCUUUAUUCUUUACAAUCGAUGGAUUAUUGAGAAGGCACCACUUCAGGUGUAUGCAUCUGCACUUGUGUUUGCUCCGAAGAAGAGUAUAAUAAGAGACCAGUUCUCUAAUCUAGGGCCAUCAUGCAUAAUAACUGGCCCAGCGACGGACGAGAAUUGGAGUCAAUGUUUACAGACGCUCGAGGGUCACAGCGACAUCGUCAGCUCCGUAACUUUCUCGGCCGACGGCCGGCGGCUGGCGUCGGCGUCCGAGGACGGCACACGGUCCUGUCCGGUCGGCCGGCGGCUAGCAUCGUCGUCUAAGGAUCACACGGUGCGGCUCUGGGAUAGCGAGACAGGCGUGCUGCAACAGACGCUCGAGGGUCACAGCGAGACUGUUAGCUCUGUGGCCUUCUCGGCCGACGGCUGGUGGCUGGCGUCGGCGUCCCACGACCGCACGGUGCGGCUUUGGGAUAGCGAGACAGGCGUGCUGCAACAGACGCUCGAGGGUCAUAGCGACAUCCGGCGGCUAGCAUCGUCGUCUAAGGAUCACACGGUGCGGCUCUGGGAUAGCGAGACAGGCGUGCUGCAACAGACGCUCGAGGGUCACAGCGAGACUGUUAGCUCUGUGGCCUUCUCGGCCGACGGCUGGUGGCUGGCGUCGGCGUCCCACGACCGCACGGUGCGGCUUUGGGAUAGCGAGACGGGCGCGCUGCAGCAGACGCUUGAGGGCCACGCCGGUGGGGUCUGGUCCGUAGCUUUCUCGGCCGACGGCCGGCGGCUGGCGUCAGCAUCUAACGACCGCAUAGUGCGGCUCUGGGAUAGCAAAACGGGCGCGCUGCAGCAGAUGCUUAAAGGCCACAACGAUUGGGUCAGCUCUGUGGCCUUCUCGGCUGACGGCCGGCGGCUGGCGUCGGCAUCUGAGGACGGCAUAAUACAGCUCUGGGAUAGCGAGACGGGCGCGCUGCAGCAGACGCUCGAGGGCCACAGCGAUCAGGUCAGCUCUGUGGCCUUCUCAGCCGACGGCCGGCGGCUAGCGUCGUCGUCCUACGACCGCACAGUGCGGCUCUGGGAUGGCGAAACAGCGCGACUAGCGUCGACGUCCCACGACCGCACAGUGCGGCUCUGGGAUGGCGAAACAGGUGCACUACAACAGACGCUUAAGGGCCGCAGCGGUUGGGUCAGCUCUGUGGCCUUCUCGGCCGACGGCCAACGGCUGGCGUCGGCAUCUGAGGACGGCAUAAUACAGCUCUGGGAUAGCGAGACGGGCGCGCUGCAGCAGACGCUCGAGGGCCACAACAAUCGAGAGUUUACUCCGUGGCCUUCUCGGCCGACGGCCGGCGGCUGGCGUCAGGGUCUACCGACGGCACAGUGCGGCUCUGGGAUAGCGAAACGGGCGCGCUACAGCAGACGCUCGAGGGCCACAGGCCGGCGGCUGGCGUCGGGGUCUACCGACGGCACAGUGCAGCUCUGGGAUGGUGAGACGGGCGCGCUGCAGCAGACGCUCGAGGGCCACAGCGAUCAGGUCAGCUCUGUGGCCUUCUCAGCCGACGGCCGGCGGCUAGCGUCGUCGUCCUACGACCGCACAGUGCGGCUCUGGGAUGGCGAGACGGGCGCACUGCAGCAGACGCUCGAAAUUGGUUCUUAUCUCUAUCAGCUAUCAUUUAGUCCUGAUGGACUGCAUCUUAUUACAGCUUUAGGCGUUAUUUCUUUACAUUAUUCUCUAUCAGUUAUUCCUCAAACACCUAUCUGGUCAGGAUAUUGUGUUCGUGCUGAUAGUUCUUGGAUCACUACGAAUGGUACUGAUAUUCUUUGGAUUCCUUUUGAAUAUCGACCACGUUUUUCUAUCGUUCGAAAACAGACAGUUAUUAUUGGAUGCUUUUCAGGUCGAAUUCUUGUAAUAAAGUUUGAUUCCUAA